AGAAAAAGCCAAUCCCUAUACGGAGGGAGGAACUUACAACCGUGUAUAACAGUUGACUAAUAUUGUGCCAGACCCAAUAAGUUUGCCCAGAAUAUCAAGCUGUGAAAGGCAUCUGCAUGUUUCCUUCCUCUGGGUAACUUUGCUAUCAAGAGUCAUGGAGAAGAUGCUUGUGAAUAUAGAGAAAUGGGUAGGAGAAAACAGAGCCGCUUUUUUGCCUCCGGUAUGCAAUAAGCUUAUGCACCGCCAUCAACUCAAUGUCAUGUUUGUUGGGGGGCCGAACCAAAGGAAAGAUUAUCACAUUGAAGAAGGAGAAGAGUUGUUUUACCAGCUGGAGGGAGAUAUGUGCCUGAAGAUAAUAGAAAAUGGAAAACACAAGGACAUUUACAUUAAAGAAGGAGAGAUGUUCCUCUUACCAGCAAGGGUACCACAUUCUCCUCAAAGAUACGCAAACACUGUGGGAUUGGUUAUUGAGAGGAAGAGAUUAAAGACAGAAACCGACGGACUCAGAUACUACGUUGGAGAAUCAACUGAGGUCCUUUACGAAAGAUGGUUUUACUGUGAUGACCUCGGUACCCAACUUACUCCAUUAAUCCAAGAAUUUUUCAGCUCAAAGCAGUAUCAAACUGGAAAACCCAAUCCAGAUGAACUUAUAAAAGAACCCCCUUUCCCACUAAAUGAUACCAGGGUCAUGGAACCCUUCUCCUGGCAAGUCUGGCUGAAAGAUCACCGAGAAGAUAUAGUUCAGAAGAAACCCUUGAGCCUUUUUGGAGACAACUUUGAAACUGAGGUUAUAAUUUUUGGACCAGGAAGAACUAAAGAGGGAGGAAAGAAUGCAGAUAUAUGGAUAUGGCAGAUGGAAGGCACAUCUGUUGCUACUAUUGAUGGUAAAACCCUGAGUCUAGCAACUGGAGACAGCCUUCUCAUCCCAGUACAGGCUAAGUUUCAGUGGACAAGGGACGAAAGAUCCAUUGCUCUUUACGUUGUUCAGGACCCAAUGCGGAAAAGACCCUAUGCCUGAGUUCUGCACCCAAACUGUAUCAACAAGAUUCAUGAAUAAAAUUCCAAUGAAAAGGUUAA